AUGUCAUCAGGAAACGAGAGUUCGGCAGUUGAGACAUGGUUGCGAAUCUCGGAGCCUCUGAGUGUGAAACGGGGUGCGGCAGUCCAGUCCAACCUCAACCUACGCCCGGGUAAUAGAUAUCGGUCUGCCAUCACUCCGUGUUACAAAACGGGGUGCUUCGAACCGGUGGUAAGUAGCGGCACGUGGAUCACUCCAAAUGCCCCGGUGUCUGGCCGCCUGAGUGUCAAUAUUACAGAGACCAAUGGGGAGAAUUCUUCCACAAUAAUGUUCAGCUGGGACGCCUUUAAGGACGCAGAUGUUCCUGCAUCCGUGUCAAGCCGUGUGAUUGGUCGGUACGAGUGGGCAGUGACAUCCGAUGCAGAGAGAAAAGAGCUGCUGUUGCCAUGGACUCCGAUAGAGCUCGACAACAAUGAUGAGGAACACCAUCAACACUCUGCCAGUGUUCCACAGCACAUCUUAGCUACCGGCUGUCCGAAGCUGGUUGUCCGUGGUAUCAACAAAGUGGGGUUACAGUCUUCAGUUGAAACUGACAUCAACGACUGCAGUAAAGACACCAUUGGGCCUCAGCACCUCGUCAUUGACGCUACAGGGCAUGUACUACUGGAGGAGAAUGCCUUAUGGACACGAGACGACGCAGACUACACAUCAUCACAGUCUACACUGUCGGCAGUGUGGCCAAGUCUGCGACAUGGACAGUACACAUGGGCCGUCAUAGAACAAACAACAGGCAUUAGUGACUACGGCAGUGUGUCUGGCAGCAGUCAGUUCCCAUACCCGUGCGCGCAUCCCCUCGCCAUAUCCUGUGGGAACACGACUGACGAGUACGUCAACGUCGACAAUCUGGCGCUCCAGCAAGGCAGGCGCUAUCACAUCUGCAUUCACGCUAACAGGACAACACAAGUGUUCGAGACAUUUUCCCAGGAGCUACCGGCCGUCUCUGCAUGUAGUGACGGCAUCACUGUAGACCGUACACCGCCGACUCCUGGAAGAGUGUGGAUCGAGAAUUCUGACGACAAGAGUUACCAGUCGUCAUCCUCGGAGAUUGUUGUACGGUGGGACCCGUUUGUGGACCUUGAAGAACACGGAACAUCUCGCCAUGUCUCCGGCAUCAGGACAUACCUGUGCGCCAUCGGCACCUCUCCUGGGGGCAUAGAUGUUCAAGAUUUCACAGAAGUCGGAAACAUCAACAGCGUCGUCGUCCACAACCUGGGUCUUAACAGUGGAAUCACAUACUAUGCAACAAUCAAAGGGGUUGAUUUCGUUGGUCUCUCGUCUAUUGCUGUAUCGGAUGGCGUGACUGUUGAUACAACACCUCCUGAGAAGAAUGACAAAGCGAUUGACAUCGGUGGUCUAUUCCUCCAAUCACUGGAUUCCAUCAGUGUCAGAUGGCCAGACGUGUUCUUCGACAAAGAGAGCGGAAUUGCCUCGUUCUACUGGGCAGUUGGGUCUGCUCCUGGCGUGGAUGACGUAGUGCGUUUAAAGGCUACAGAGAAUGUGGCUGGAGACUCAGAAAUAGAUCCUCCUCUGUUGGAAGGCCAUACUUACUAUGUAACAAUAAUGGCUGCGAACGGAGCUGGCCUUGUCAGCACCGCCAUUUCUCACGGCUACGUGGCUGAAACGUCCCCACCCGAGGCUGGGUUUGUCCACGAUGGACCAGCCGCGGACCCUCCAAACGACCUGGAUUACCAGACUGACAAGACAACCAUCAGUGCACACUGGGGAGGGUUCCAUGAUCCUCACACAGACAUCGUGAGUUACAAGUGGAGCAUCGGAACAUGUCCAAUGUGCAAAGAUGUCCUGGAAGACGUGGAUCUUGGGAUCAAAUCAGAUAUGUCAGCAUCCAACCUGCCGCUGGUUCCUGGUUUUACGUACUACGUGACGAUCACGGCGUGUAACGCUGCCCAACUGUGCACCACCGCUUCUUCUGACGGUGUUCUGAUGGACGACACGCCGCCUGUCGCAGGGACUGUGCGCGAUGGAGCCGCUGAUGUGGACGUCCAAUAUCAGCCGUCUACAUACCUACUGCGAGCCAGCUGGUUUGGGUUCCACGACGCCCAUUCACAACUGUCUCACUACGAGUGGCGGGCGGGAACAUCGUCUGGAGGCAGUGAUAUUUUACCUCCGUCACCGCUUCAUCUGUCAGAAACGGCUGUAGUUACUCUGACAACACCCAUGCCUGCAGACACCAAAAUCUACGUGACUGUCAAGGCGUUCAACAAAGUGGGGUUAUCGGUGGAGAGAAGUUCCGAUGGAUUCCUCAUUGAUGCCACCGCACCAACAGUGACUACACGCGCUGCAAUUGACCUGAGCUGGGGGUCACUGAAGGCUGAUACACAGGUGGUCAGAACACUUCUUAGAGUCAGUUGGCAGUUUGCUGACCCCGACUCUGGGAUAGAAUAUCACCUCCUGUCUGUAACUACUCACCAGGAAUCCCGUCACGACCUACCUACGAUAAAGGUCAGCGGAAAUGACCAGAGCUACACGUUCAGUAACAUGACAUUGCACGAUGGGAACCGCUACUCAGUGACAGUGGUCGCCUGUAACAGGGCAAAACUCUGCACAGAAUCCACCUCAACCGAGAUCAUGGUGGACGGCUCACCCCCAAAAGUUGGGACAUUCGCAGUAGGAACGGACCACGCCAUAGAUAAUCUGCGGCCUCAAAGUGGGUGGAUGACGUGGCAAAACAACGUCAACGGCAACCCUACACUUCUCCGCCUGGCUUGGCUGGGCUUCACUGACGUGCAUUCUGGAAUCGACAAGUAUCUGGUUUUCGUGGGAACCAACUUCGACGCAGACAACUUGAUUCCCAGCGGCCCGAUAGAGGUUGCCCCCAGUGACUCACCGUUGACAACCCUGGAAGGAGUGGUUCAUACCGCCGAGGUUCCUGUUGCCACAGCGUUGAGCAGUUCUUCGACAGUCCACAUCAAGAUUGUUGCUGUCAACGGGGUUGGCAUGAGAGCACCCGCUUCACAUGAAGCUUUCUCCCUCGUAUCAUCCGCCGCCGACAGAGGCUUUCUGUCCCUGGUAAGAAGAUGCCAGGCCCACACCUGCAUAGGACACUGUACAUGCGCAUCUCAAGAUCAACUAUGUACACCAACCCAACCCUGCAAUGACAUAACUACAGGCAAUCCAAAUACGCUGAUAAGUGUCUAUGAUGUCAUCGACCUGACGGAUGUCACCUCGGUAACUGAAGAGGACGACAUCGAUUACACACCUGCUGGAGACUUCCUGGCUGCCGCAUGGAAGGUUACAAGAAAUACAGGCCUCCCAAUUGAAAGAUACGAGUGGAGUGUAGGAAAAAAGAACCAGGCUGUGGGCAGUGGUGUAUUUGACCUUACGUCAGACAAAAUAUGGCACGAAGCAAACGGUGCUAACUACGGAUUCAUCCAUUUACCGGUUACAAAGGAUGGAGCCCACACCCUACGAGGAGCAGAGUAUGUGUCUUACGUCAGAGCAUGGUACUCACAGACAACAUACGCAGUCUUCUCAUCUGACGGAGUCAAGUUGGACAUCACACCUCCUAAGGUUCACGGCUCAAUUAAGGUUAAAGACUUACUGACUGCAUCUGCCACCGUAGACAUCGACUAUACCACUGACAGCACAGCUCUUGUUUGCGGCUGGGAUGGUGUGUUCUACGACACAGACAGCGGCAUCGAUAGUUAUGAAGUUGCCGUUGGCCUCGAACCGAAUGACGAAUCUGUAUCACCGUACGCGAGCAACAAACUCAGCGGCGCAACAACGACGCACCAACUGACCGGACUGACUCUGACUGAGGGAGUCAGGUACCACUGCAACAUCCGGGCAUUCAACAAAGUGCAGCUGUACAGCACAGCCUCGUCAGACGGUGUGAUCGUGGACACCAUAGUGCCAACGGCAGGCGUGGUCAUGGACGGUGUCGUUCUUCACGAUGUUGAGUACACAAAUGUUUCCACGUCCAUCGCUGCUUCCUGGCACGGCUUCUGGGACGCCGAGUCGUUUCUCCACCACUACAUGUGGUGCGUGGGAACCACCGCGGCUCCAAACGAGUGCUCCGUGCUGACUGCUACAGACGUGGGGCUGAGAACCGCUGUAAGGACUCAGCUGGAAACGGCGUUAGAUUCUGGUGUGAAGUAUUACUCCAAAGUGUACGCCGUUGACGCUGCCGGUUUGCAGUCAGCCGUCGCCAAGUCUGACGGAGUGACCAUCGACACCACAGCUCCAGUCCUAAUGGAAAAGUUGGAGGUCGGACAGAACAUUGUAGAAGAGUAUUCUUUCGAAGAAAUACCAAACCAACUACACGUGAAGUCGGGAGAAGUGCUAGACUUCACGUCACUCCCGUCCUUUACGUCCUCACACUGGACGGUUGAGGAAGGCUCAACCGCUGCGGUUUUGAACGCGUCUGCAGGGGAUCACGGGAGCAGUUUCCUGUACCUAGCUGGUUCCAUCUCACAGCUGCUUAGCACAACCACAGGCAGCAAGUACCGAAUGUCGUUAUCAUUCAACCACAACCCCUUCGUAAAGAACAAACGAUCAGACGAAGAAGUCCUGAUACAAGCUCCUGGGGUCAGCAAGAUCGUUCAACUGUACCACCGACCUGGCCGACAUGAUGCACAGAGUGAGGACCGGUGGCAAAAAGCCACGUUGUUCUUCACGGCAACGAGCGGGUCGUCCGCCAUUUCUAUAGCAACGCCGGGAAGAACGAGGGGGGUCCUCAUUGACAACGUGGACGUUCGGCUGUGCAAUGAGAUGGAAGUUGGGGAGGGAAUGAGCAGCAAUAACAGCGUUCAUGUCGAACUGGAGAUCAUCCAUGGGUUAUCUUCAGUGUUCGCAAGCUGGGGAUUUGUGGACAUGGACAGUCCCAUUGUUGACUACAUGUGGGCUAUAGGCACAGUACAAGGAGGAACCCAACUGCAAACCUUCCGCUCUGCUGGCACCAGUGACCAAGCAGUCAACAGUAACUUGACCCUAACCCAAGGAUCAUACGUCCACGUAACUGUCGUGGCCGUCAACGCAGCUGGUCUACGCAGCGUGGUGCAUUCAGAACCGGCCAUGGUGGACAAAACACCCCCGGUCAUAUCCUUCAUUUGGGAUGGCUUGUCUGACAUGGAUGUCGACUACCAAAGGGACAACGUCAUUUCUGCACGCUGGGACGCUACAGAUCCAGAAAGCGGAAUCAGCAGGAUCGAGUGGGCAAUAGGCUUGGAGCCCGGCUCGGCUUCCAUCAGUGAUUACACUGUGGUUGAAGCCUCAGGCAGUGCUUCAAAGUCGGUGAGCAGUCUCGUCCAUGGACAGACAGUCUUCGUCACCGUGAGAUGCCACAACAACGUGGGUCUGCACUCCACCAUGUCGUCCGACGGCGUGACCAUCGUGAAGACCCCGCCCAGCACGGCGGCAGCUCAGCUGAGUGUGGUGACCCGCUCGGAGACACAGUAUCCCACACGAGGCAAUCACCAGUCCCAAACCGACACCCUGCUGUUGUCAUGGGGCGGAUUCAUGGACACAACUGGCAUUCUGGCUUACCAGUAUGCCCUAGAGGGACCGGGUGUGGAUAACUCAGCCUGGUACAACCUGAGCCCCUAUGGAGACACCAGUACUCUCCUUGGCCUUGACCUUCAGCCAGACUCCAGCUACAAGGUGUUUCUCCGCGCAGUCAACAAUGUACAGAUGGAGAGUGCCUCACUCCAGGCUGAUGUCCAGAUCACCAGCACCAGCCCGUCUUUGUCAGGGGAGUCGAAUGUGACCCACAGUUGGGAGGAUGACUCGACUGUGAUGAUAGACUGGGAACGAGUCUUCGAUGCCGAGACUGACCUUGUGUACGAGAUCACCAUCGGGACAACCCUGGGCGGAAAUGACGUACAACAGUGGGUGGAGACCGUGGAAACCAGCAUCACAGUUGGCCCACUGGAUGCUUCUAAGCACUAUUUUGGAACCAUCACUGCCAUAAACCAAGCCGGGCGGUAUGAAAAUGUAGUCUUUGACUUCAUUCGCUAAACAGCGAGAGCAAAUUUCAAGCAAGAGCACAAUUUGUUACACCGUUGUAUGAGAAAUAUAACGCACAUAUGGAUAAUUAAGACUAGUUCCCCUUAAUUUUGUUCUUCAUGGUGUUAGAUAACAUUGUAAAAGAUUAUAGGUUUAUGAUUUAGCAACGUAGGUUUAUGUCGUUACUAAUAAUAUAUGUUUAUAUUUAACCAAUGCCCAUGACCUAUGGCAAUGCUUAUAGAUACUGCAGUGCAGAAACUG